AUGACAUCCAAAAAUUCGACUUCGCCAUCGGUGGGAUCAACCUUGAUCGGUGCUCAUAAACGAAACUCAGAUGAUAUUGGUUGGGAGUAUGGUUUUUGCCCAGAUAAAAACAAGAUGGAUACAGUGAAAUGUAACUUGUGUGGAAAAGUGUUUACCAGGGGGAUUACUAGAUUGAAACAACUGGUCAUGUGCCGGGAAAUGGAAGAUAAAAAGAAAGCUAAACACGAACAUGAUAAGGCCUUAAGAUCGGAGGCAAUACAAGUGUUAAAUGAUGGUGCUACAAUGGAUGAAAUAGAAGAUCCUUCAGGGUUGAAAGCACCAAGUUAUAUAGGCCCCAUGGAUGGCUAUGCACACAAAAUAAACCCUGAAAUUAUGAAGGGAAAGGGAAAAAAUGAUCUUAACGAUGUUGUUCGAAAAGAAAGAAUUUUAGCAUGUCAUAAAUUCAUUAGUAGGUGGGCAUAUAAAACUGCAAUUCCUUUUCAUGCAUUGGAAGAUGAUAACUUCAAAAUGAUGUUGGAGGUUGUUGGCCAAUUUGGAACAAGGCUUCCACCUCCUACCAGGUAUUCUUUGAGUGAUCCACUUCUAAAGCAUGAGAUUGAAAGAACAAAAAGUUUGUUGAAAAAAAAUGAAGAAGAAUGGAAAGAGACUAGAUGCUCGAUCAUGACAGAUGCUUUGUCUGAUAGAAAGAGAAGGAGCAUUAUGAAUUUAUGUGUAAAUUCAAGAAUGGGUACCGUUUUUAUAUCAUCAAAAGAAUGUUCCAAUGAAUCACAUACACGCCAAUACAUAUAUGAUUAUGUGGAAUCUUGCAUUCAACAAGUUGGUCCCGAUCAUGUUGUUCAAGUUGUGACCGAUAAUGCCACAAAUAACAUGGGAGCUUCAAAGUCACUACAAGAGAAAAGACCAACUAUUUUUUGGACAUCAUGUAUCGGUGGACUUCCAAGGUUUAAGAAAGUCUUAGAUCAAGCAAAGAAAUUAACCAUCUUCAUUUAUGCUCACCACAAAACCUUAGCUAUGAUGAGAAACCACACCAAGAAAAGGGAAAUUAUCCAACCGGGGGUCACAAGAUUUACUUCCGCCUUUCUAACAUUACAAAGUUUAUUCGAAAAGAAGGAGCAACUAAAAAAUAUGUUCUCUAGUAACGAGUGGGAGGAAUGCAAAUUUUCUGGAACACCUAAAGGAAGAGCCUCGUAUGGAACAGUGACAAGUCUUCAAUUUUGGGUCGGUGUGACACAAUGUUUAAAAGUGUUUUCCCCUUUGGUGAAAGUCCAUCGAAUGGUUGACGCGGAUUGGAAGACCUCAAUGGGUUUUGUGUACGGGGAGCUUAAAGUAGCAAAAGAAGAAAUUAUGAAAGCUUUGGGUGGUAACGAGAAAGCUUACAAGCGUAUUAUAGAUAUCAUAAACAACAAGAUGAAAGGUAGGCUAGAUUCAAAAUUACAUUUGACAACUUAUCUUUUGAAUCCUUAUUAA